UUCUACUCCUUCCUGUUUGCUGCAGCUCCUGUUACCACUUUCUCUGAGGUGCUCACAUUGUCACUGAUUUCUCUGUUCUUUUAUCACAGGGUCACCAUCUGUAACAAUAUGGAAUUUCACAUCCGCCCAGCUGAGUCCAGAGACUGUCCUCAUAUAAUGACAAUGAUCCGGGAACUGGCUGAAUAUGAAAAAAUAACCCACUUCAUCAAACUGACCGAGGAAGCUUUACUCCGGGAUGGAUUUGGGGAAAGUCCUUGGUUUCACUCUUUAGUUGCAGAGCUGCCAGAAAAAGAAAGAGGGGACACAGCAGGGGGACCAUUUGCUGGUUACGCUCUAUUUGCCAACAGCUAUAACAGCUGGACUGGCCGUACAUUGCACUUGGAAGAUCUUUAUGUUUCCCCACAAUACAGAGGAAAAGGUCUUGGGAAGGAGCUUAUGAAAAGUGUGGCCCAGGUUGCCCUAAAAUCUGGUUGUUCCCAGAUUCACCUUUCAGUGCUGAAGUGGAACACCCCUGCAAUUACCUUGUACAAGUCGCUGGGUGCCCAGAACCUCACAGAACAACCAGGUUAUCAAGUAAUGUGUUUUAAAGAAGAUGCUCUCAAAACCAUGAGUUGUUAAGAAUAACAAUAACUUUUUUUUUACCAUUGCUACGGAACUUUGUGAUGCUUUACAAAUAACGGACAUUAAUAAAAUUGCAGAGGAACGUUUGAGAUAGAGAAGAAAAUAAAUCCACAUUCAAUAUUAUAUGAGGAUGGAUCUUUGCACAAGUGAACAGUUCGAGUUCCAGAUAAAAAUGAUCUUUCUCUGCAUGACUGUACAACUGAUAAUAGAUCAAGUAUUUACACCACAUGCUGUGUCAUUUCAUAUAUGUGCAAACAAGAAGUCACUUAAAAUUGAUGGAACCUAAAAGUGAGAGUUCUGUGGGUGAUCUCAUUGCAUUUUAAACAGAAUUUCAUAAAUAAACAAUCUUUUUCAGCAUA